UUUCCAGCAGAAGACAAAAGAUUGUGAUGUCGAUGGUCGAAUCCCCAGCGUGGGAAGCUUACGAGGCCAAACAGUAAAAAGACACACAGACAGCUUCUAAGAAAUUUCCUAUCUCCCCUCAUGCCUCGUCAUUUCUACGCUUUUGGGCACCAAAGUUUAUUAAAGAAACAACAUUUCACCAUGCAUAUCUCCUACUUUCUAGAAAAGUAUUUUCAAAACUGUUGCCAAACGAGACAUAUCUUAACCCAUUUGUCAUGUGGAAUUGCUUGGAUAUUAAUUGACCAACAAACAAACAACUUGUCUUUGUCAGCUUUUUCUUUUCUUUUUUUUGAAUAGGCUAAGCUUCUGAAGUGCGAGGUGUGAUUGUAAAUUUGUAACACUGGGUUUCUCACAUUCGCCAAGUGUCUGUAAAAUUGCCACAAUGGGAAGAAUUGCAAAGACCUGCCUGCGCUCAAUGCUGAAAGGUGUAAAUUCCGUUAUGGGCAUGGUUGGGAUUGCAAUGAUUCUGUAUAGUCUGUGGAUGAUCAGAGUUUGGCAGAGAGGCAUGGACGGGCCAUCAGAUGUUGAUGCUGAUUCUAACGGUCUAUGGUUCAUAUACACUUUUCUUGGGAGUGGUGUUACCUUGUGUGUGAUAACUUUCCUAGGUCAUAUUUCUGCCGAUUGUGCACAUGGUUAUUGCCUUUCAUGUUAUAUGGUGAUCAUCAUUUCGCUUCUGCUAUUGGAGGCUGCAAUGACUGCAGAUAUACUCCUAAAUUCUGACUGGGAAAAGGAUUUACCUGAGGAUCCAACUGGGAGGUUCCAUGAUUUCGAAGAUUUUGUAAAGUCAAACUUUGAUAUUUGCAAAUGGAUAGGGUUGUUGAUCACCUUGGCACAGGGACUUUCAAUUUUAUUGGCUGUGGCUCUAAGAACUCUUGGGCCAAACCAUGGAUUCUAUUACAAUUAUGAUAGUGAUGAGGAUUAUGCUCCUGAAAGGCUUCCGCUCAUAAAUAAUAAAGCUCAACCACCACCAUAUGUUAAUGUCAUAUCUGACCCUCGCUUUGCCACCAAUAAUAACACCUGGAAUGCAAACAAGUGAAGAGAGCAAUGUCAAAUUUCUCGAACAUGAGUUUUGAGAUUGAUGGGUUUGAUGUUAAGGUGGAAAUGAUGAAAGCUAGAGCUUAUAAUUUAGUGUCUAUGACUGCAUGCAUAUAUGUAACAAUUACAAGUUGGGUCAUUGUUUUUACUGUUGGAUUUUGUAUAUUUUCCUUCUGAUACAAUAUUAUGGGAAGCUUACUGCAGGAAAAACCUUUCUUUUGAGCAAUAUAUGUUACUGAAUUAUGGUAUGUAUUAAC